GAGCUUCAGGCUGUAAAGCGAAAGCCGCUAUAUGCUGCCUUCUGCCUGCUUCUAUUCUAUUCUAGCUCUUGCUUGCUUCGUCCACAAGCAGGGCAUUCCUUCCUUCCUUUGACAGCCAGUUCCCUCUCUUCUACACCUACACUACGUACAACGCUAAGCAACCGCACUACAAAUUGCCCUUCUACAUCGUUCUAGCUAACUUCCCUGCUGCGUCCGCCAUUGGCGCAAACACACCCACACCCACACACACAUUCAGCUACUGAUACCCGGGAGCUUCCGGCCGGUCGAGGAGCUAGAGCAGCCGAGGUGGGCGUACGUGGUGCAGCGCAGGCAGCAGGCCUCAGCAGCAUUCAGCAAGGCCGGGGUCGAAAGGAAGGAGGAGCGAGGACCGGAACCGGAGGCAUGAACGCGGGCACCAGCAUCUCGCCGCGGCCGGGCACGGACUGGGGCCCCAUCAUCGUGGCGGUGAUCCUCUUCGUGGUGCUCUCGCCGGGCCUGCUGUUCCAGCUGCCCUCGCGGACGCGGGUCGUGGAGUUCGGCAACAUGGGCACCAGCGCCAUCGCCAUCCUCGUCCACGCCGUCAUCUUCUUCUGCCUCCUCACCAUCUUUGUCGUCGCCAUCGGCAUCCACGUCUACGCCGCGUAGGCGUACGUAGCCCAGCCAUGCUAGGUAGCUUAGGCUCCAUACGUUCGUCUGGCUUGCUUCGCUUCCCACGAUGGUGGUCUCUUUGUAACUUUCCAGGUCUUUUGAGUAUGUAGGCUACGGAUGGCGCAAGAUUUAGUUGCUCAUCUGCUAUGUUGUGUAGUGCUCGGCUUUUCACUA